GCCAAUCUCCGGAGCCCCGGCCGCUGCUCCGACCGAACCCAGCGCGUCGGCGGGGGAUGCUGCUCGGCUGGCGGGGCCAAGGCAGGGCGCGGGCGGCGCGGGCACAUUGUUGCGUCCCUGCUGAGUUCCGGGCGGCGGCGGGCUAGUCCCCGCCGCGGCUGCAGCUCGACGGGGCUGGGAAGGCAGAGCGCGGCGGUUCUGCUCUUGGGGUCUUCUCAGUGCCCCCUCCGCCUCUCCUGGGUCCCCAAAGGGGCCAGGCAGUCUGUGGAGGAAGGCAUCCUGACUGUUUGAUGGUUCGCCCCCUGAACGGUGUCCUGGCUUUGAGCUUCUCUAACUCGCCCCUGCUGCCUCCCAGCUCGGGAGGGACCAUGAGCCGCUACAGCUUCUCCAACCUGAUGGACUGGAUGUAUGGCGGGGUGGACCCCAGCUUCGAAGGCAACGGGGGCCACGAGUGCGCUGCCUUCCUCCCUUGGGAGCAGCGUCUGCUGGAGAGCCUGGUCUUCACCGCGGUGGGAGUGCUGGAGAUCCUGGUCUCUUUGAGGAAGAUCAGGAGGUCCAUGACCCAGGAAGCUGCUGAGCUCUUGGCUCAGUCCCGGGUCAAGGAGGAAAGUUGGGGCAAAAACCUCCUGCUGGUGACCUUCUGCCUGACCUUUGGACUUGAAGUGGGAUUCAAAUUUGCCACCAGGACGGUCAUCUACUUGUUGAACCCGUGCCACGUGGUUACGAUGAUGCAGAUUUUUCUACUGGCUUGUCCACCUUGCCAUUUCGCCAUGAUUCUAUUCAGGUUACAAAUGCACAUGCUGAAUGGGGCCCUUCUUGCUCUCCUGUUUCCUGUGGUUAACACCCGCCUGCUACCUUUUGAAUUGGAAAUUUAUUACAUUCAACAUAUCAUGCUCUAUGUUGUCCCAAUCUACCUGCUACGGAAAGGAGGUGUUUACACUCCUGAGCCAUCCUGGAAUUUUUGGUGGGCCUUGCUCUCCACUGGAUUGAUGUUUGUUUACCACUACACUUUUUUACAGAUCUUGGGACUCAUCACGGAAGUGAACUUGAACAACAUGUUGUGCCCGGCUAUUUCCGACCCUUUCUAUGGCCCUUGGUAUAGAAUCUGGGCAUCGGGACACCAGUCCAUCAUGACCAUGUUCCAUGGAAAACUCAUACUUUUCCUUUUCUAUUAUGCUGCCCGUUUCUUUAAACUCAGUGUGGAAGUACGAUGCUCUCCGGCUAAGAAAGUAUCCUGAAACUCCAUCCUGGUUCUUCUUUGUUGAAGGAUCUUGAGGAGAGCCUUUAUAUUUGGGGUUGGAGAAGAACACUGCCUAUAUUGUUUUUGAUUCCAUUCUUCUAUUAUGACAUCAGAUUUAUCGUCCCAAUGUUCCAUUGAAUCUUCGUGACCUAUAGGAUGGCGAAGCACGUGGGCUUAUUUACAAAAGAAGCCACAAGUAGACUUCAACUUUUGAUCUUGCCACCUUAGACCUUUGGAGUUUCAGAUGUCCGUCAUAUCAAGGACUGUGGUUGAUGGAAAGCACUAUUCUCUUUGCUCAUGACUUCAGUGACUUUUCCUCCCUUAUGGCAGCUCUUAGGUUUUACCUUCAGCACAGAACCCCUCCUUGUCUCAUGUAGACUUUGAGGGUGAAUAGUAUUGGGUGCUUCUUCACUAUCAGCGUAGACGCGAAGGUUCUUUGCGUGGUUGAAAUUUGGUUAAACAUAUAGGGAACAAUAACACUGCCAAACACUGCCUUCUGAAACUCCCGAAAGUUUUAGCUGAAGCCUGCUCAGAUGCCAUCAUAUCUGCGGGCACCUCCCAGAUUGUUUCUAUCUAAAUUAGUUGGUGGGGGAAAAAACUUAAUUGCUGGAUUAAGAUUUAGGAGAUGGAUUUGUCUCAGUUAAAGGCACCGACCAAGAAAAUCUGCCAAUUUGGAGUUGGACUCUAUGUCAUAGCUAAGUAUACUUACAUAAAUGUAUUACACGUUGUACAUACAUGUAUUCAAUGUUAUGUCCACACACACAUAUAUAUCAACUACCCCCUUGUAGGAUACUCCAGAAAAAAGCAUAUUCUUCAUCCAUGAUUCACCAUCUAGCACUAUCUAUCACAGGGUUCCUCAAACGUGGCAACUUUAAGACUUGUGGACUUCAACUCCCAGAAUUCUCCAGCCAGCAUGCUGGCUGGAGAAUUCUAGGAGUUGAAAGUUCACAAGCUUAAAGUUGCCACGUUUGAGGACCCCUGAUCUAGCAAGACUGCUGGAUGAGAGUCCGGCAGACCAACAUAUCUGGAGAUCCUUGGGGAAACAGCACAAAUUCAGGUUUGGCUGAAGUAGCCAACCUGCGAAAGUCAUCCUUCAGAGACAUUGAGGAAUAAUUUUCUUUUCCGCAUUGGUGUAAAUUGGAGAAAAGUAACCCUCAGAAGCCGAAUCUCUAGCUUUCGGAGUUGUCGCUGUGAUAGUUGUUCUGAAUUAGAUCCUGGCUCCUCUUUUUGUCCCAUCCCAGCCAGAGUCUCCAGUUGUAUUGCCUUACAAGUCCCAUGUUGGGCAUCCUUUGAUACCUCAAGCAGAGAUAAUUUGCCUUAAGGUCAACCUUAUCUGCUCUUUCCACCUGAAUGGGGGAAGUAAUGGGGUGGGGUGGGGUGGGUACUCACCAUGAAGAACUUCAAAAGUAAUUAUGAAUAUAAUUCCAGUUGACCAAAACUUGAAUCUCAUUCCAGUUUGAUCAGAUAAUUAAUCUUCUUCUUGGGGGGCUUUAUAGAUCUUGGUGGUUUUGUUUUUUAAUGUAUUCGUAGCUGUUGAGACAUUUUGUGAAUAUUUGACUGUGAAUAUUCUUUAGUUGCCCCAUUUCUAUCCGAAGAGAGAGUUCCUGCUAUGCUGCCCAGUGGGAAAUCUCAUCUCUGUUUCUUGGGCCAAAUUCCUCAUGUCAAAUCCCCAGUGGGGCCCUGGGGAGCGAGGUGUCUUCUUCUGCUGCUUUGAUGAAUCUUGAUGUUUACUCUUUGACGUGGCAUAUUUAAACAGAUAUAUGUACGUGCAAUGAAAUUUCUAGACGUGAAUAACAUAGUCACAGUGUUUUUGUGCUUGUGUGAGAGUGUGUGUGUGAGACAGUUGUUCUGGGCUCCUUCUAUAUAGAACCAUAAAACUUACAAGGAGAUUGCGCAUCUGUUUUAAAUCGUGACUAUUGACUUUUCUUUUUCUUUUUCAAAGCCAAGAAUUAGCUAGGGCGGGUUUCUUAUUUGGAUCUGCCAAUGAAAGUGAUCUCUGUAUUCCUACUGUGAUCUCAGUGAUCAAUCUAGUCCUAUUCUUUGAUUCUGUGCCAUAUUUAUCAUCCAGACUAUGGCCUUAGUUUUUUCUAGACCAUGCAACUAGUCUGUGGGUGCCUCUUGCUCGUCAAAGAGGUGCCACUUGUCUUCUUUCCAGAUCAUACAAUAGCCGAGAUGUUUUUUAAAAAAAACAUUAUUCUGUGUCCUGUUUUCGAGUGCAGGUUAUUUGAGGAAAAAGCUGCCUUGCUAGCACAACAGAUUGGGAAAUUUCUUUUUAAGCCGCUUGGAGAGUUUUUCUUCUACGUGCCCCCUGGAUAAAUAGACCAGGGGGCCUGUAAACCUCUUUUGGGGGAGCAUUUCCUUUCGUUCUGAGAUUUGGCAGAGCUGGGGAGGCUGUUUGAUCCAAGUUACAACUUCUGUGAACUAGAUUUUUGGCUCUGGGCUGUAGCAAUCAGAUCCUGGAGAGAUUAGGGACUGCUGGUGCCAGAUCUGUACAGAGGUUGAAAGCCUCGUUUGAUAAAAAUAGCACCUUCGGCAGGAAAGAUAGCUAAUAUUCUUUGUUCUGGGAUUUUUCUUGUUCCUUUUUCUAAAUUUAAGAUGGCGAGCUUUAUUGGGGGGGAGGGGAAUGUAGCAGCAGGACAUUAUCGCCUUCCAUUCUGAAUUUUUAAGAUUAAUCCAGUGUCCUUUGUGGCGCCCCAGUCAGACACGAUCUUUGUAAAGAUGGUGAAGUGCCAAGAAAGAAGUUGCUAUAUUCCCUUCUUGAAAUGGAAGAGUGGAAGGAUUUCCCAUGCAGGGGUGAAAAAUGCAGUUAGAGGGCUACACAUUUUAAUUUAUAGAUUGAUUGGCGGAAGGGAAUAAUAGCAGCAGCAUAAAUCGUUUAACCUGAAGAGAGAAGGAUUUGCAGAUCACAUCCCUUUUGGCCUCCUCCAAACUAAAAACCCUGUGUGGUUACUCUCGUUUAAUGGUGCCUGGCAGCUUUCGUUGGCCUGUGCUAAAUUCUUUGAAUGAAAGGUUGGCUAGAAGCAUCCUGGAAUGAGACUUGAAAAAAGCUGCAAGCAGAGAUUGUCAUGGAGGCCAAAGACAGAGCCUAGGAAAGCUUUGGUCCUCUCCCUUCUAGCAUCCUCAUCUCCAUCACCUCCUCUUUUUUUCCAUAAAGUCUGGGAAGAAUCUUAAGUUGGCUUCCACCAAUUGUUUCUAUCUAUUGGGUAUGGAAUCCUUCGGUGUUGGCUUUCCUGUGUUUUUAACAUCUUGUAUGAUUGUUGAGCCCAAGGUUGCUCAUGGUUUCCAUUUAUGGCUGUAGAACGUCUUGGAAUUACAGUCAAAUGUUGUCUUUUGAAGACCGCCAUUAACGGGCGAUUGGCUUGUGUGCACUUUUAACGUCGAGUACCUCAGUGAAGCUGCCUUUUGUGGCCUGCAUCAGUUUUGAAACUUUCUCAUCAUGGAAAUUGAGUGUGCUUUGGGGAAAAAAAAAUCAGAACUGAAUUCUCCUGUCAUAGCCAAAAGGCACAAACACUCAAUGUGCGUCAGAUUCACACUGGUUUUAUCUACACCUGGGCAAAGUUGGGUUCCUACUGGUUUGGACUGGCUCGGGUGAACCGGCAGUGACCCAGGCCUGCCAUGCCCCUGAACUGGU